UCGCAAUUUGAGCGACAUUUUCCAACAUUUUGCAGCCGACGAUGCUAGCGUCGUCCGACAUGCCUUCCAUAACCCCAGCUCAUCGAUCGGACUCUCUCAUGACCCUCCUUGACGCUCUUACAGAAUACGAGGCGUUACGUACAGAGACGGGACAGACCUUAUCAAAAGCCUAUAUCGACCUUGCCCAAGCGAAGUACAUUUUGGGCCCCGGUCGUCUGGGCGCCGUGGCGUAUGACGGGAGGAUGAAAGCAGGAAAGGUUGUACAUACAGACGAGAAGGGCGAAAUGUUUCUGAUGCGUGGGGUUCUUGAUACAAGCACGAGUCUGACUGAUUCAGACGUGAACGUGUCGAUGGAUAAGGAAGACGGACUACGACGGCGUAGGGCGGGUGGUGUCAAGGAAUCAAACGGGACUUCAGACGACGAGAGAGAAGAGAAUCAGGACAGCACAGAUGACAUGCAAAGCGCAGAUCAAAAGAAGCCAAAGCGGCCAACAAAUCCUCUAAAUUGGUUUGCACCUCUGCCCCCAACCUCCCUACGAUCUUCCCAGACCCAUUUUGAGCAAGUGUUGAGAGAUCUGAUACGGUUAAGUAACGUAGCAAGGAGGGUGGAAGAGUUAAGGGUAAAAUGCGAAGCUCAAGGUGUCCAUGGUAGACAAUGAAGUCGGAAUGUUGGUCGACUGUACGGUCACUGGCUGACAGUGCAAUUUUCAUUGAGCCUUUCAGGUUACGACUUUUUAUCAUUAUUAGACGGUGGAAAUAGUGUUAUACUUGGUCCAAAUACGUCCUUUAAGGUUUCACCCGGCUUCAGCCUCCUCA